AAUUUUUAGACUAGUGUAAUGUGUGAUGUAUAAUUGAACCCCAUGGAAAAACGCAGUGUCAUAGCAGAGCCAGUUAAAAGAGAUACCAUGCCACCACGUUACCGUAGGGUUACUCACUGUUGCAUGAGUCGGUCUGCAUUUAGAAACCGAGUUUGGCUGCUUUAACUCCAAACUGAGCAAGAAGCGAAACUGAAAUCCUACACCGCGCAAGAAAGAGGCCAGCCUACCGAUGACACUAGGCAGUGCUAGCAGCAUUUCGCACAGUCUUCAGCCAAGCCGCCGCAUUGCUACCCGGCUUCGGCGGCCUUACGAAUGAGACUAGCCGGCUAACGUGCGGUUCUGAGGAGAAAAAUAACAAUUUACAUCUAGCGUUUACACUGUGCCACCGAAAAGUGGUGGAAUACUAAUCGCUAAUACUCGGGGUAGUCUGAUAACUAUAACCAAGAGGUAAAGUUAGCUACAGCAGUACGGCGCAGUUGCAAGAGUGACUAGCGAGCUAAGGAUAUUUGCUAACCACAGACGUUUUCUUUGUACAAAUAGCUAAAUUAACGCUAGUUUGCGCAAGUUAUCUUACAGUAAUAUUUAUGUGGAGAUACUUUUGCUAGUUACAGAUAAAGAUGCCUCAGAAGCGUCGUUCGCAGUCAUGGACCGAGCUGAAGCAGGCCGGUAACGAGUCGUUUAAAAGCGGACAAUACGGGGAGGCCGCGAGUCUUUACACCCAAGCCAUACAACUUCUAGAAAAGUCAGGAAAGAAAACCCAGGAGGAUCUAAGUGUCCUGUACUCUAACCGAGCAGCUAGUUAUCUGAAGGACGGAAAUUGCACGGGAUGUGUAAAAGACUGUUCACUCUCGCUUGACCUGCUUCCGUUCAGCAUAAAGCCGCUUCUACGACGCGCGGCUGCCUAUGAAGCCCUGGAGAGAUACAGACAGGCUUACGUGGACUACAAGACGGUGCUGCAGAUAGACUGCAGCAUACCUGCUGCCCACGAUGGGACCAACAGAAUGACGAAGGCCUUGACCGAUCAGGAUGGCCCUGAGUGGCGGGAGAAGCUCCCGCCCAUUCCCUCGGUUCCAUUGGCCGUGCGCGAGAGACCGGCUCAGAUGGCCACGCCCACCCCUACCGCACAACAGAAUGGCACCUGCCAAACAGAGAGACCAGGAGACGCAGCCGUGAAGCAGGCCCAGGUUCUGAAGGAGGAAGGCAACGCCCUGGUGAAGAAGGGUCAUCACAAGAAAGCAGCGGAGAAGUACACGCAGAGCCUGAAACUCAACCCCACAGAAGUGACCACCUACACCAACAGGGCCCUGUGUUACCUGUCUCUGAAGAUGUUCAGUGAGGCUGUGCAGGACUGUGUGGCAGCCCUCCAGCUGGACCCGGUGAACGUGAAGGCGCUAUACAGACGAGCUCAGGCGCACAGGCAGCUUAAAGACUACAAAGCGUGUGUGGAAGACCUGAACGCCCUGCUCAAAAUCGAGCCGAAGAACACCGCCGCCCAGAAGCUGCAGCAGGAGGUGCAGAAGAUGAAGUGAAUGCGGGUGCCAAGGGCUCGCCUGGUGUUCAGGCUUUAGAGGGACAGUUCACCCAAAAUCCAUCCAAGUAUAAUUAUUUGCCUUUCUGUAUUAUGUGCUGUACAUCCAAAGAAGAGCUUUUAGCAUUCUACACAUCUACACGAACAUUCACCACCGGCUAGCAUCGCUAACAUCAACACCCAAAGACAAUGGGAGUCUGUGUGCCUGCAGGUAGCAUGCUGAAAACUGCAUGCAAAAAUGGCACACAAUGACCUUCCAGUAACUUUACAUAGCUCACUUGAAAGUGAAACAUCUUGGUUUAGAUCUCUUUUUUUUUUUUUUUUUGUAAAAUGUAAUUGAAAAAUGUUCUCAAAUAUGCUUCCUGUCCCUUUGUUACCAGGCACUGAUGCUAACAAUGCUAGCCAUCGCUGGUCAUUUGCAGGGCACGAACAAAACCUUCUCUGGAUGUAUAGCGCAUCAUAUUGAAAGAAAUGUACAUUUAUUAUGGGUGAACUAUCACUUUAAGCGGCUGUUUCUCAGCAGACUCACAUGCGGUUCAUGUAAAUCUGCCAGCCCACCAGCAUUUUCGAAUGACUGUUUCCUACUGCAUGUUGUGAUUGAAGUCUUUAUCGGACAGAUACGGGGAAUAGCCCCAUUGGCAAACGAGCGUCACGUUGUGUGUUUUGGAGUGAACACAGGGAUUGCCGUUUCAUACUUGCUUUGUUUAGAUUUGGCUCAUGCUGUACCAUCAAUAAAGGAGAGAUGAAACUUAGGCGAGCAGUACGAGUGAAGGGGCGGGUCUGUUUUCACACGGGGUGGUGUAAAUACGGCUGCACUCCACAUCUGUCAGUGUGCUAGGUGCAAGCUUUAGCGUCACCCCUGUACCCAGGCUGUCGGAAAUAUAUACCAAUACUCCGCACUGCUGCGUAUGCCGUUUACCUGGCUGACGGGAAGAACGUACUCCGAAAUGUGCAGUGCUGUUACAUGGUUCACCAGGCUCUUUAAAAUGAACCAUCGUCUAAGCUUUUAAGUGUAAUAAAGGAGGAGUCACGUUGGGCUUGGGUAUAUUAAAAGAGCCCCCCCCGCCCCCCCCCCCCAUCAUCCAUGUUCUGAAUAUGUACCAUGAAAAACCACAAAGAAAAUAUUUGUUUUUAUCACAUGCCUAUGUCCAGUUUUCAGAACACCAGCUGUUAGGUCAUAGAAAAGAUGCAUCAUGGAGGGCCACAGUAUGUGCAGGUUUUUGUUUUCAUCUGAAAAUCAACAACAAAUUCAGGCCUAGGAAACCAAGUUGUCAGUCAACUGUGUGAUAAAACUCCUUCAGUAGCUGAGUAGCAGUGCGAAGCAGCAGACCCAGGGCCCAGGUGGAGGCUCUGCUUCACAGCAUGUGCACUCCUUUGGGUGUAGACACAUCUCAUUUGCUUAAGACGGUUUCAUGUUUGGGAGGAGCCAAGAAAUUUGGUCGUUCUUCACACUAGAGUAUUUUAAUUUCAAGAGCUUAAUUGGAAUUUCAACUUUAUUAUUAUUGGUAGACAAAAUGUAAGAUUUCCAAGUUGUGUUUGUCUAGAUACCCUACUUUGCUUAUCCAGUAUCCAUAAGAGGCAUCUUUGACUCACAGCUAUAUUUGCACAAUUCCUUACACUCUUACACUCCCUUUAGUUGUGUUAGUUGUGGACUGGCUGCCAGUGGGUGGUGCACACGGGAUGAGGAGAGUGUAAAUGAACUUCCCUUUCUGCAUUGGAAUAAAAGUUACCUUGACCUGG